CUCAGCUCAGUCUCAUCCGGAGAAGCAACCUGAGAGCAUCGUUUCGUUUCCGUUGCUGCAGCAACCGCGUCGCCGCUGAUUGGUUGACUCUGCUGGUGCCCAGUGUAGCGAAAUGCGCGCGCGCGUGAAUCUGUGAACGUGAUCCAGCAGUCUGGUCUACUGAGUUCCCCAGGAGCCGAACUCUUCCCGGAAGAAAUUUUCGAAAUUAUUGUAGUUAGUCGUGAAUUUUCGUCGAGGAAGAAAUUCCAUCGCGUCUAGAACAGUAACAAUUGCGAAGGAACAGGAAUAUCAGUGCUGGAAGAUCGUUAAUCCACGGAAACCGGUUACCGCCGAGUCAGCGAGAAACGUGUCGCCGUUGUCAUCGAUCGCGACACAUCAUUUGCAUUAGACAGUAAUCGCGGGAAGCGCUUUACAACGUGAGAAGAAGACGGUGUGCAGUAUGCGCGUGUAGUUCCGGUUUCGGGUGAUUUUUUUUUAAUUCGCAAUACGUAAGCCAAAGUUUAGUGACCAGAGAGCAGAUCGAUAAUAAGUGUGAAAUUGCGUGAAUAAUUGAUCUGGCGAAUAAUUGCAAACCCGGCGAGGAUCGUCUUGGAAGAUGCGAUCGGUUCGUUCUACUGUCGCUGCGUUGAUUGGCGGACUGUUUGUACUUUCCGGUGCCUUCGAUCUUUCCCACCGGCUGGUGGAGGAGCCGUCCGAAGAAGGUGACAACUGCGUGGCCAAGGAUGGCUCAUCUGGCACGUGCACUCUACCCAACAAAUGUUCCUGGUUCGUGCAGAACGUGAUCCACGUGAAACGGGUUUCGUACGAUGACGUCCCGAAAUGCGGCUUCACUCGGGAUGACGUACUGGUGUGCUGCCCUAAAGGGGACGAAUCAAGCAGAAUAGGAUCAAAUGGCAAUCAACCGCAUCGAAAAGCUGGCCAGGCAUGUCGUAAUUUCCCAUGGGGAAUCUCCUAUAUUGCACAACACAUCAUAGAAGGAAUGGAAGCCGAGGAUGGAGAAGUGCCGUUCAUCGCGGCACUCGGAUACAGUACGUCUGAAACUGGUCGGAAGUAUGCCUGGGGUUGCGGAUCAAGCUGGAUCGCUAAAAAGUUCCUCCUAACGGCAGCUCAUUGUGUGAGGGUAAACCAAAGGCCGAUCAUAGCUCGUAUGGGCACGUUGAAUCUGGAGGCCGACAACGAUCCGCACGCUCAGGAUUCGGCAUUGAAGAAAUUCUAUCCACAUCCGGCCUAUACAUCCAAAAGCAAGUAUCACGAUAUCGCAUUGAUCGAGUUGGUUACCCCUUUCACGUACGAUCAAAACGUGAAUACGAUCUGUCUACACAUGGACUCGCAGGACAUGGUGCCGUCUCAUGUUCUGAAGGCAUCUGGCUGGGGUUUGACGGACACUGACAAGUCUCGAUCGGACAUACUGCUCAGGGUGGACCUCAACACGAAACCAUUGGACAUGUGUGCCCAGGAGUAUCGAGCGCAGGUGGGAGAUGCCAGCGGUAAACUGUCCUCCGGAGUCAUCAAAGAGCAGUACUGUGCUAUUGGCAAACGACACGCCUCUGGCAAAAGGGGAGACUCGUGCAUUGGGGACUCGGGAGGCCCGUUGUACUACUCCGAUAGUCAGGCAGAUCGAUUCUUCCUCGUAGGAAUCACCUCGUUCGGACUGGGCUGUGGCGAAUCUGCCAGCAUAUACACUCGGGUGGCGUCCUAUCUGGACUGGAUAGAACCAAUUGUGUGGCCAGAUGACGCCUCGCUUCAAAGCUGAGCAAUUAAAGCAGACGGAUUAUUUCAAUUACAAUGCAAA